AUGUCGAGGAAGGCAAUCUACCUACUCUCCCUUCCCAUUCUCAGCAACGUGAUCGUUGCCAGCCCAGAUGCGCGCGACACCAACAAUGACCUGCUCCCACACACAUUCGAGCCGCUCCCACUCGGCUCCAUCAAACCGCGGGGAUGGCUUCUGGACCAGCUCCAUCUGAUGGCAGACGGUCUCCCCGGCCACGAACAUGACUUCUAUCCCAUUGUGACAGACAGUCGCUGGCUCGGUGGGCACACAGACUACAACGAUCUCAACGAGGGGCUGCCAUACUGGUUCAACGGGCUGGUUCCUCUGGCGUACCUGACCGACGACCAGCGACUCAAGGACCAGGUCUGGGGUGUCGCGGAGCAUGUGCUGUCGCAUCAGCAGGAGGAUGGAUGGCUAGGCCCAGAGACAAGCCCAGAGACGCGUAAUUUCUGGGGCCGAUCGCCCAUGUUACUCGGUCUGAGCCAGUUGGCGGAAGCAGAGGCCGGGACAGAGCUGGAGGGCAGGAUUCUGGAUGCGAUGCAUCGGUUUGUGGAGUUGAUGCAUACCAUGCUGACAGAUGGGUAUAGAGGGUUUGUACAGCAGACUGACGAGGAUGUGGAUGAUCGGUGGGGACGCGCGCGAGCGGCGGAUCUGGUGCUGAGCUUGCAGUGGCUGUAUGAGCGUGAUCCGAGGGAUCGGGCUGGGCGGCUGAUGGAGUGUAUGCGCAUGCUGCAUGAGAAGGCGCUGGACUGGGCGGAGUGGUAUACGGAUGGCAUGUAUCUCAAAGACGACCUCGACGCGAUACCAAUCGAGAUAACAGAUCGGUAUGACCCGUUCGAGCACGGGGUUAACGUCGCCAUGGGAUUGAAGAGCGGAGCAGUGUACAGACGGUUCACGCGCGACGAGCAACUAGCUUCCAGCUCUCUGCGCGCCGUCAACUGGACUCUGAUGUACCAUGGCACCGCGACAGGAUCGAUCAUUGGCGACGAGCGAAUCUCGGGGCUGAGUCCCACACGCGGUGUCGAGCUCUGCACCGUCGUCGAGACAAUGUUCUCGCUGAGUUACCUCUACCAUGCUCUCGGGGAGAACUCCCUGGCUGAUCAGUGCGAGAUGGCCGCGUUCAAUGCCCUGCCGGUCAUGACUCUUCCGGACUGGUGGGCCCAUCAGUACGUGGCGCAGACGAACCAGCCCAUCUCUCACCGACUGGACCGUUCCCCGUUCCAGAAUGUCGAAGAAAUGGGCCAGACGUUUGGACUGGAGCCCAACUACCCCUGCUGCACUGUCAACCAUCCGCAGGGAUAUCCGAAAUUCGUCUCGGCGGCAUUUGCACGACACGGCGAGAACGGGAUCGCGCAUGCUCUCCUCGGCCCUAUGGAGGCCCAUACCUCGACGAGGAAUGGCGUGCAUGUAAGCAUCGUCUGCGAAACAAAGUAUCCGUUUGCCCAGCGUCUGGUGUACACGGUUGCUGCCGAUGGGCCAUUUGACUUCCUCGUUCGUAUUCCCGGCUGGUCCACAUCCACCGAGAUCCUGGUAAAUAACUCCCCAUUAUCUGGUGCCACACCGGAUACACGCACAGGAAUGGCCAGGAUCCGUCUCGAUGAGGGCACCACCGAGGUCGUUGUGAGUUUCUCCGCCGGAAUUCACGUUCACCACCGUGCAAAUGCCACCGUGUCCAUCUCGUACGGUAACAUUCUUUACGCCAUACCCGUGCCGUAUAGCAUGGACUCGCAGCCGGAUCGGAGCUAUCCGAACUUGCCCGACAAUGUGCGCGACUACGAGCUCCUGCCGACCGCUCCCUGGGCAUAUGCCAUUGACCCUGCCUCUGUGCGGUAUAAUGGCCUCAAUGGUGAGCUACCCAAUCCACUGUGGACGCUGGGGGCGCCUACAUCCGUCACGGCGAGGGUGUGCCAGAUUGCCUGGGACUUGGUGAAUGGAUACGCGUCUAACCCACCGGCGAAAGGUGACCGAGCAUGUCUGAGUGAACCCUACGAUAUUGAGCUCGUGCCGUAUGGAAGCGCGAAGUUGCAUAUGGCGGAGUUACCAGUGAUGGACUGA